GCCCUCAGUAGAAAAAGCAGGUCUUUAAAAUAAUUCUUAUUUUGAUUAUGUCAUUUGAGUUUCGAAGAAACGGACAUAGAAAUUCGUUGGUUAGUUAGUUAGAGUUUGAAAAGAAAUAAAUGUAUGUUGAUUUAAGCGGAAAUUUUAAAUUUUUGUAAGCACCUUUUGGAUAAUUUAUACUUUUUGAAAGGGGCUCAGACUUUGCUGUUGCUCGUAUUAUAUAUUUCUACAACUUUAGAUUGUUGUAUUUUAAUGGCAAUGUUAAAACAAAAAAUACAAUUAUAAUGAGAGGAAAAAUAGUCAAAUGUAAUGAAAAAGGCUCUUUUUAUAUGGAAAAAAAGGUUACGGCUGGUUAAAAAUGUGAGUAAAGAAUUUCUUCUAAUUCAGAGGAAAGUUAUGAAAUAAAGCUUCGAAACAACAUUGACAUUUAGAAUUCAAGUCUAAAUAAAUGCACGAAAAUGAUGCUUUCCAAUGAUGGCUUUAAAUCUUCUUUAAGUAGAACUGAUUCAUCUGAUGAAGAAUAUUAUUUAGGGAAUACAACACCUACAAGAAUUAAUACUUCAAAUACUAUACCAAAUGGUCACAAUGCUGACCUAGAGUGUUCUGGUGUUUUUGUUGCUGGCUAUACAGGACCAAUACAUAAAUGGGAGCAUCCAGGCUAUCAAUUUUUGACCGAAUCCGCACAAGUUACAACAUCAACAGUAGAAAGGAUUUUUAAAAUUAUCAUUGUUGGAGAUGCCACGGUAGGAAAAACAUCAUUCGUCCAAAGAUAUGUAAAUGAUAUUUUUCGCAAAGAUUAUAAAGGAACGGUUGGAGUUGAUUUUGCCAUGAAGGUUUUGUGGAAAUCUGAUAAAGAAGUGAUCAAACUUCAGCUAUGGGAUAUUGCAGGUCAAGAACGAUUCACAUGGAUGACGCGAGUAUAUUAUAAAGAUGCUCAAGGUUGUAUUGUUAUGUUUGAUCUAAAUAAACGAAGUACUUUUCUCAGUGCAAUGAAAUGGAAAAAAGAUGUUGAUGCUAAAUGUCACUUAUCUGACGGUUCCUUAUUACCUUCUAUUUUGCUUGGAAACAAAUGUGAUUUACCUGUAAGAGAUGUCAAUCAAGAAGAAAUAGAAUACGCAUACAGAAAAGGAAACUACAUAGGCUGGACGGAAGUUUCGGCAAAAGAAGGUUUGAUGGUAGAUGACUGCAUGAAAUUUUUAGUGGAUGCAAUGAUUAAUAAAGAUGGUGGAAGGGUCUCAGUACGGAAUGAGCAAUCAACAGUAGACCUAGUAAAAACAAAGAAGAAAAGGAGCUGUUGUAAAUAGAAAAACUGUGUUAAAUUUAUUUUUACAUAAACUAGUUAGAAUUUUCUUCUCAAUAUAGCAUCCCUGAAAAAAUAUAUUCUUUUCAACUGAUAACUAAAUUAAACAUAUGAUAACUCAACUUCUUUAAAAUAAAUAAUACAUACGAUGUUUAUUGAAGGAUUUUAAUAAGUAAUAAACACACAUUUUUGUCUUUUCAUAAAUGUAACAAUAAUA